AUGGCGUCACAGCUCCUCCCUCUGGAACUCAUCGACAAGUGCGUUGGAUCGAGAAUUUGGGUCGUUAUGAAGGGCGACAAGGAGUUCAGCGGCACGCUCCUCGGAUUUGAUGACUACGUCAACAUGGUGUUGGAGGAUGUCACGGAGUUUGACUACUCGGGAAACCACACAAAGCUGCCCAAGAUCCUCUUGAACGGCAACAACAUCUGCAUGCUUAUUCCUGGAGGAGAGGGACCGGUGACCGCAUAG